AUGGCCAAUUGGGGUGGCAUGAAAAUCGGAAGUAAACAGCCUCCGGCAAACAACAAGCAGGCUCCGAUGCGUUUCUCCGAAACGUUGACGGCCGCUUUGGCGAACCGAAAGAACAAGUACAAGGACGUUUCGAAGGACCUCAAUAACCGGAUCAACCGCGAGGAGCUGGACGACGAGAUCUUCGUGCCGAACUACAACAUACGCAAGAUCAAGGCGAUGAUCGUGCGGGUCGUCAAGCAGCAGUUCAUUGUGCGGAACGAGGACGGCGAUUUGCUAAAGUGGGUCUACGAUCCGGCCAAAAAUCUCGAGAUGAGCCAAACCAUUGCCAAAGCGGUCAAGGAUCGGUUGCGCAAUCUGAAUCUGCCCCGCUACCGGUUCGUGUGCCUGUGCUCGGUGGUCGAGAAGCAGCUCCAAGGGUUGCACUACAAAAUGAAGUACAUCCUGGACCCGUAUAAGGACGAUUACGUCCAGUCCGUGCACGAUGGGGCCUCCUUCUGGAUCAUCACUACCGUGUUUCUGGUGCACAAGGACUAG